CGUUCGGACGUCGCCGUGACGUGAUGUGAUGCAGCUGAGCGCCACAGCCAUGACGCAUUCGCCAGCGAACCCCGGCAGCGAACCCCGGAGAUGAGGCUGAUGCCGCUGCUAGUCGUGCUGCUGUGUGUGCGGGCGCUGGUUCCGCCAACUGGUUCUCACCUGGCAGCCCUUGCAGCCGCCCAGGACGAUCCUCAGCUGCUGCAGCUCGAACACUCACAGCCCUCGCAGCUGGAGCGCGCUCCUCACUCGUCGCUACUCGACGAUGUUCCCUCCACAGCCCGGCACCGGACUCCACUGCCCAAGAAAAAAAAGAAGCGAAUAGUUUGGAGAAAUGGUGGAACAGUGUGUCCUAACUGCGUGUCCCACCAUCAUCACGCCCACCACCACCAUCACCACGGGCACCCGCGGGGCGGGAGCGGGGGAGGCGGGGGUGGUGCCGCCCCCGGGGGCAGCAACAGCAGCCAACAGGACAAGGAUAGCCUGCGACUGGAGGCGAUCAAGCACCAGAUCCUCUCCAAGCUGGGUCUGGCCAGCAAGCCGAAUAUCACGUCCGCCGUUUCCAAGGACGUGGUGCUCAAGACUAUCAGACGCGCGCAGGAGAUGUCCGCCGCGACGCUGGACGGCGGCGACGCGGGAGACAUGCAGGCGGGAGGCGGCGGAGGCGGCUCGGUCGCGGCUGGCGGCGGUUCAGUCGACGCGGAGUCGGACGACUACUUUGGCCGCACCUCCGAAAUCAUAGCCUUUGCUGAACCAGGGCACAUGCUGAACGGCCAACAGCUGUUGGAGUUCGCGCCGCCGCAGGGCGUGGAAGGCCCCGAGCUGCGGGUGAAGUCGGCAACACUGUGGGUGCGACUCGAGCCGAGCAGUUCGCUGUCGGCCGAGCGACUUGGCCGCCUGCGGGAUCGCAACCUCACGCUGUGGAUAUUCCGCGUGAGCCCGCACCGGCUCGCCAAUACCACACACCUAAGUGGUAAGGACUUUGACGAGCACACAGAGGUGUCGGCCUCACUAUCAGUUCCGAUGUCAGCACUCGGCUGGCAGAAGUUCGAGGUGACGUCGACGGUGGCCAGCUGGUACGCACACGGACUGCGCGACCGGCUGCGACUGUUGGUCGACUGUUCGGGCUGCCAGCAACUGGUAGUCGCCCAGGGCCAAGGCGCGCACUCGUCGCAGGAGCGACCCUUCCUAGUCGUGCACACCGAGCCGACGGUCGCACGUCGCGUGCGACGGCGUGCACUCGAAUGCAGCGGCAGCGUGAAGCAGUGCUGCAAGCAGCGGUUUUUUGUGAGUUUCAAGCAGCUCGGCUGGGAGGACUGGAUCAUCGCGCCCUCGGGCUACUUCGCCAACUACUGCAAGGGCGACUGCGGUGGUCUGCAUCGCACGCCUGACACCUACCUCAACUACUACACGCACGUCAUCGAGGAGUAUCGCAAACUGGACAAAAUGUCGGGCAUCCAGCCGUGUUGUGCGCCCCUCAAGUUCUCGCCCAUGUCGCUCAUCUACUUCGGGCCCGAUAGCAACAUCAUCAAGCGCGACCUGCCCAAGAUGGUCGUCGAUGAGUGUGGCUGUCCCUGAAUCCACAUCCCCAGAAAACUAUUUUCCAAAAACAUAACGCAUCUCAAAUAGUAUUCAAGGUGUGGAUAUGCUUGAAUCUACUUCCCCAGAAAACAAUUUUCCAAAUACAUGACCCAUCUCACAUUGAAUACCCGUUCAAAAACCUAGUUGUCAAUGAAUGUGGAUGUCCGAGGAUCAAUGUCCCUCCAAAACUAUUUUCUACAAACCAGUCUCAUAAAUGUCAACUUUAGAUAUCUGUCUAGAUACAUGACCAAUCUCAGAUACCUAUUCUAAUAGAAUGUAGCUGUCCGUGAAUCAAGGUCCAUCCAAAACUAUAUACAAAAUACAUGACUCAUCUCAUAUAAUAUACCUGUUCGAAUAGUUGUCAAUGAGUCUUGAAUCGACUUACGAAAAAAACUAUUUUCAAAAUACAUAGCCCCUUUUAAAUACUGUUCAAGUUGUAAAUGUGUGGCGGUCCUUGAAUCGACUUCCCCAGAAAACUUUUUCCAAAUUCAUAACACCUCUCAAAAUCAAAAUCAUUUAUUUGCCAAUUAUAAAGAUAGCAAUAAUAAAUAAAACAAAUACUUCAUACUUAUACAGAAUAAAAAUACUGUUCAAACUUAUACUCAAAUAUUGUUCAAAUUGUAAGUGUGGCGGUCCUUGAAUCUACUUCCCCAAAACACUAUUUUGCAAAUAGAUUACCCACAUCACAUUGAAUAGUUGAGAUAGUUGUCAAUUUGUGGAUGUCCGUGAAACGACGUCCCUCCAAACCAAAACUAUUCCCCAACAACCAGUCUCAUAAAAUAAUAUCAUCUAAAGAUAUUCGGAUAUUCGAUUCGUAGAUGGCUAGUCUUGAACCUCUCUCAAAGAGUAUUUGUCGAAAAAGCUAAGAUAGACGACAAUGAGUUAGAACUUCCCUCCAAAGCUAUUUCCCAAAAAAACUUAGCUGUCCUUAGAACAUGAACUUCCCUUGAAAAGUUUUUUCCGAAAAUUAGGAUUUGAAUUUCUGACAAUCAAGUUAGGAGUUCUCCUAGAAUUCGCCCUCUGACUAUCCAUCUGAAAAGUAGGUUUCUCUACAGUAUCUCCACAAGUCUAGUUUAGUUAUUCUAUGUGUAAUUUUCCCAGGCAUAGAACUUUUAUAUUGAAACAGAAUUAUUCUCAUCCCACUUCUAGGAAGUCAUGCUCCAAUAAUCACAAUAACCUUAAUAGCUGGUACCACUUCUAUCCUAGUCCUUCAGAUGUAUAGUUGAAGCAAUCAAGCUAUAAUAUUCUUUCAAAUGCAUACAGUAUUACUUUUCCAAUACCAGUAGCCGAAUUAUGACAUAAUUCUUUUUUUCUAUCCAAAGAAUGUAAAUUAGAAUACAGAUCUUCUAAUCAAGUCAUACAUCAUAGAACAGGUCAGCCAAAAAAAAAACAGUAAAUCAGCAAUUCAUCAAUUUACUGAAUUAUCAUAACAAAGUUAUAUUAUUAUCAAAUUUUCAGUAUUAAGCUAACAGAGACAUCCGACUCCACUAAAUGGUUCAACGUUUUAUUAAUCACCCAAUAAAUUUUUAAAAGUUGGAAUAUCCUGUCUUGAUUUUAAAUACAAAUUCCAAAUUUCCUUAUUGUUGGUCAAAACUGAGCUAAGGAGAAUUUUGCAUAUCAUCAGAUGUCAUUUGUAUUGGAUAAUUUUCCAAUAAUAUAGAAAAAUUGUGUGUUCCUUGGAUUCAUCCUAGUGAAUCAUUUGAUCACAAGAAUACCGGUCAAAAUUGUAAAUUAUUCGAACUAUUAGAGUUGAUAAUUGUAGAUGAGCGACAACCUAGAGGGAGAACCAAUAAAAUCGUACAGUUUUCGGGUGAUUUAAUAAAAUAUUAGGAUACCUACAUUGAGUUUGAAAUGAAAUUGUAAGUGAUUAGACUCUACACGAGAAUAAAAGGAUGUGAAUUUUCAAAGUGGAACUUAAUAUUUCCUUAAUCUUCGAAAAGAUAAGUUAAUAAGUGGUUGAGUGUUGAAAAUGUGACUAGCAUUGUUGAUGAUCACAGGCUGAGUGACUUUCUAGUACUACUGUACUGAUUCUAUUUGAAAUAGUUAAUGACUUUCACGUAUAUGUAGGAAUCACGGGAACAUAUCCAAUGGUAGCGUCACGUAAGAUGAUCAUAACUCGAUGAAAUAAAAUAAUUUAUUUAUUUGAUCAAUAUCAAAUCUCUGAUUAUUUGAGAUUUGAAGUUAAAUCUUUUUAUACGACUCAUCGUAUCACUUCCAUGUGUCACGUUAUUGGUAGCUGCGUGAAUCAUUUUUAUUGUAAAUAUUAUACAUAUAAAUUAAUUAUUAUAUAAAAUAUAGGUCAUAUUUGAAUUCAAUUUGUGUAAAGUAAUAAUGAAUAUAGUAUAAAUAAGUUAUGUAUUAUAUUAUUACAAUUAUUAUUAUUAUUACUAUUAAUAUAAUGAUGUAAUAGGAAACUUUUUUCUAAUUUAAACAUAAAAACGUCACAAACUAAUGGGACAUUGUCGAAAAGUUCAUUUUGGAUGUAUUUUAUCUUCUUCAUCACUGAAAUGUAUUUGAGAUUAAUAUGAAUUGUUUGAGACCUAACGCAAUACCGUACAUCUUGAAGGAUCUUUUAAAGGUUUCAUAUUACAUUAAUAAAUGAUACAACGAUCUCCAACAUGAUGAAAUAUAAUUUGAUUGUAUGAUAAGAGAUGUAGUGGUAUUUCUCCAUAAUUGAAAUAAUAAGACGUUGUUGUCAUUACCACUAUAUUUGCUCAAAAAUUGAUUAUUUUACAUGACUGAACCAGGUUUCAUGGUAACGCCUACCACAUCUUCAGCUUCAGAUAUGGUAGGUGUUACCAUGAAUCCUCCUGAUUCUGUAAUGUGAAUUAAUUUUUGAGCAAAUAUAGUGGUAUUGACAACAUCAACUUCUUAUUCCUUCAAUUAUGAUGGGAUAUUGUAUUAAGUAGCAUUUCCAAACACCACUUUAAUAGGAGAAUUUAAUUCUAAACUGCGAUAUUAUAUUUCAACUGCCAAGGAACCAACAAUGUGAGUUCGAAUUAUCUCGAUAAAGUCAAAUCUACAAAGCUUGUCAUUCAUUGACGUUUUAAAUUUUCAGAAUGGUGAAAUUAUUAUUUAGGUUGUAUUGAUUCUUCUUCUAGUAACAUUUUUAAAUCUGCUAAUAGAUUCAUUUAUCCUACAUGUUUUCAAUAUAAAAUUCAUGAUUAUCAUCACUUCAUAUAUAAGACAAAAAUCCGCAUUUACUUUGGUACUUUGAGGUCUCAGUGUGAACAAUUCAUUUCCAGGUCAAAAGUAUUCAAAAUCUAUAUUGGAGAUUAGAUUAGUAGCCUAAUAAAUUGUGAUAUUAUAAUAUGUUUCAAGAUUCGAUCUUGGAGUAUUUAUUGGAUUUUUCCACUGUAUUCCAAUUAAGAAACGUAUUAUAGUAAGUAUUCUAUGAUUAGCAAAGCUAUUGGAAGCUAAUCAAACUUUCUAAUCAAUGCAUAUUUUUUAUUAAUACGGGUUCACAUUAUUUUGAUUCGAUUAACGGAAUUAAUACUGAACCAUAUUCUUGCAAAUUAACUUAUCCUUUCUAUGUUGACUUUUUUUCUCUAAAGAAUAUUGCAAAGAAUUAUUUUGUUUAAUCACAUUGGAUAUUUUUGAACUCAGAGAAGAAAGGAACUGUUGAAUUACCGUAACUAUGAUGAAUCCUCUUAAAACAAAUUAUGCUAUCCUGAUAACUUUAAUUAUUUUGAAAGUGUAAGAGUUAAUUUAAAAAUUGAAAGAGUCAAGUAUAAAAGUAAGUUAUAAUAUAACAGACUCGAUUUGUUCCUAAUAUUAUUUCUGUAUGAAUUUUGAAAAAUUCUGGAUGAAUCGAAUUGAAUCAUGAUAAAUGAAUAAGCCAGUGUGCUGUAAGUAUUUGAUGUAUUUAUUUCAGUGGAGUAUUCAUGAACGAGGAUUGAAUAUUGUCAAAACUUCAAUGGGACUAAAUCAUACAUUUUAUCUGAUUGCAAUGAGAAAAAUCAAGCUAUAUUCAUUAUAAAAAUCAACCGAAUUAAUAUUGUUCUUUCUAUCCAAGAAUAUUUUUUGGUAAUUCAAAAUAUUCAAUUAUAUGUGAUAGAUAUACAUGAAUGAUUGUGUUGGCAUGAAGUCACCUGUAAAAUUAUUAUAAGAAUAGCAAGAAAAUGACGAUUAGGACGAAUCUAAUAAUUAUAUUUCAGAAAGUAUAAGAAUUCAAUCACAUCAACUUGAGCAAAUUUUCUCGUUAAUUGCCUAUUUUAAUAUUUUCAUAAUUUUUACAUUCAUUUUUCAUCAAUUAGAAUUCCAAAGAUGAUUUUUGGGUCAAACAUGAAAUUUCUUUUCCUCUCUACAAAAUCGGCUAAUUGGAUAAGUUCGAAACUAGCAAAUUCAACUUAUAGUUAUAAUAUAUAUAGCUUAUUAUUGAAUGCAAUGUAGUUAGUCGUUUUUGAAAAUAGUUUUAUUUCUAUCAGACUCGAAAAACUGAUAAUUUAUUCAAUUUUUCGACUAGAUAUGAUUAUAAAUUAUAAGUGGCUACUUGUGGCAACAUCUAUGAAGCAACUUCUAUCUCAUUUUAUUCCUCCAUUUUAUAAAAUGAUUCUUACUGUUGUUGCUAUAGAGGAGUUCCAGUACCAAUAGAGAGAUACUCCUCUCUGAUUCAUUUAUAUGAUUUGAUUUCUAUAAUCCACAUCUUAAUACAAUAACAAUUCUACAAUCACAAUAUAAAAAUCUAACAAUAACUUGAUUAUUAUUUUACAAAUUGAUGGGAUACAUUUCAUAAGAAUAGCAAGGAAAUGAGGAUUAGGACGAAUCUAAUAAUUAUAUUCCAGAAAGUAUAAGAAUUCAAUCACAUCAACUUGAGCAAAUUUUAUCUUAUUCUCGUUAAUUGCCUAUUUUAAUAUUCAUAAUUUUUACAUUCAUUUUUCAUCAAUUAGAAUUCCAAAGAUGAUUUUUGGGUCAAACAUGAAAUUUCUUUUCCUCUCUACAAAAUCUGCUAAUUGGAUAAGUUCGAAACUAGCAAAUUCAACUUAUAGUUAUAAUAUAUAGCUUAUUAUUGAAUGCAAUGUAGUUAGUCGUUUUUGAAAAUAGUUUUAUUUCUAUCAGACUCGAAAAACUGAUAAUUUAUUCAAUUUUUCGACUAGAUAUGAUUAUAAAUUAUAAGUGGCUACUUGUGGCAACAUCUAUGAAGCAACUUCUAUCUCAUUUUAUUCCUCCAUUUUAUAAAACGAUUCUUACUGUUGUUGCUAUAGAGGAGUUCCAGUACCAAUAAAGAGAUACUCCUCUCUGAUUUAUUCAUAUGAUUUGAUUUCUAUAAUCCACAUCUUAAUACAAUAACAAUUCUACAAUUACAAUAUAAAAAUCUAACAAUAACUUGAUUAUUAUUUUACAAAUUGAUGGGAUACAUUUCAUAAGAAUAGCAAGGAAAUGAGGAUUAGGACGAAUCUAAUAAUUAUAUUCCAGAAAGUAUAAGAAUUCAAUCACAUCAACUUGAGCAAAUUUUAUCUUAUUCUCGUUAAUUGCCUAUUUUAAUAUUCAUAAUUUUUACAUUCAUCAAUUAGAAUUCCAAAGAUGAUUUUUGGGUCAAACAUGAAAUUUCUUUUCUUUUCUACAAAAUCGGCUACAAAAUCAAUAGACUACUUGUUUCUUUGGAAACUGAACUAUGACGGUUAUCUUAUUCUAUGGUAAUUUCUUAUAAAUAAAAUGAAUAAAUAUGAUUUUAUUGCCAUGAAACAUACAUGUUACAUGUAUAGAAUUAAUAGGUCAUAAGAAAUUAUAAGAAAUCAUCACAUUACAAAAAUCAAUAGAUAAAUUACCGUUCCAGUUCUAUUUAAUUGAACGUUCCAGUACCCCUGUAGUAUUUUCUCGCAUUAGAUAGGCAUUAUUGUACAAAGUGUACGAAUAGGCUACUUCAAGAAUAAAUUGAAUUCAAGUCCGUAAAAGCAUCUAGUCAUUUCACAAACUUAUAAAUGUUGUUAUAAUCAUUUCAAGCAUUUACAUAAAUAUAUCAAUCAAAAUUGUGGAAAGAAACAGUUAUUGAUAGUGUUAUUUUUCUUUCGCUCUCACUUCUACGCUAUAGUAAUUGAAUUUUCGUGCCAUACAACCUAUAUCUAAUGGAAUGUUAUAUAAGUUCCUUCUAAUAAUUUCAAUGGAGAAUUUCGUGCUAAAUGCCUAUAUUGACUAUUAAGAAAUGUGUGAAUUUAUUGAAUGUUAUACUAGAAUUCCUUACCUUCACUGUUUAAUAUAAGGUCAAUUUUGAAGGACAAAACAGCGGUGAAAUGAUAAAUUGAAAACGGCCUACAUUAUUAAGAACCACUGAAUGAACAAGUGUGCUAUAAAAAAUGAAAUUCAUAUAUUGUUGAAUACGGUUAACGAUUUUUUUAAGCUCAAAAAUACUAUUCUAGGCGUGCUUUCAUGAUAUCAGCAAAUUGUAUGUAUAUUUAUAAAGAUCUACAUCACUCCUCAAUACAUAAAAUUUGACUCUGGAUGUAAGUGAAUACAUAAUUCGUUACUUGAGCAUUUUCUAUUAUUUGUAUGAAUUCAAACUGUGAUUAUUGAUUGUUAUCUGUAGACAACUUGAAGUAGAGACGGACUGUGAAAGGUAUUGUGAUAUGGUUAAAAUCUUUAAUAAGAUAGAUUUCAUGAAUUAUUAUCACUUCUUGUGUGAUAAUGAAAAUAAAAUACAAUCUGACAGGAAAAAUGUUUAACUUUGUAAAUAAGGUCAAUUUAUAUGAAACAUAAAUCUAUCACUGGACCAUUGGGGAAUCUCAAACUGUUUAGACAUGCCAGAUUCAAAUAACCCAUGUUGAACUUUCUAUUACGAACUUUUAAAGUUUCAUCCAUAACUUGAAAAAGUACAUAGCAAAAAACAUAUUCAUAACAAAAUUUCUGUAAAAGAUGAGUGAACCAAUAUAAAACGAAUUAAAUUUGAACUAUUGAUCUAUCUCUAUUUAUGCAGGAAUGAAAACCUGGUUAGUUGAUCUAUGUUUGGAUUACAAUAGCAGCCUCAUUCUCUGCCAAAAUUAUAGAAACAGCACUACUCAGAAGAAAUCAAAUACAGUACUGUAGCAAUAUAUUUCAAAAUUUGAUGAAAAAACAGAUACAAUGUCUGAUUUCAUAUAUAAAAAAUUAAUGUACCCAGUUUAACAAAUUGAAAAUUAGAAAUAAAGUUAAGACUGAGAUUGGUGAGUGAUGAGUAAUGCUUGUUCAUUUAUAUGUACUACGUUGUAUUACUAAUUACUGAGUAUUACUAAUGAUGAUACUGAACGAAUAAAUAUUAAUUAUGUAUAUAUUUCAGAGUUAUAUUUGAAGGAGGAGUUGCUAAUUUUAUUGAGGUAUCAUAGAGAAAUUGUUUUAAAUGUAGUGAAUUGAAUGCAAUAAUAUAUGUGUAUGUGACAGGAGUGUGUCAUGUAUGUAUAUAUACUAUGUACUGUGAAUUUGACUUGGAUAAUAUAAUCUACCAAUAA